AUCAGGGGUUAAACAGCGCUCGCAACGUGUAUGUGAAAGUGUCUGUGUCUCUGGGUGUGUUUGCAUACGCGAAACGAUUUAACACGCCUCAUCAAUUUCUGGGAACUCCCCCGGGCAAGCAGACGUUCGCUCGAUAAGUCCUUCCCAACUAACAAAAUCGACAUGCUUUCUCAUUCUACCCAAUAGAUCAGUAAACCUGAGAGAGCGAGAAAGCAUGUCGAUUUUGUCGCUUGGGUCGUUAGCACAUUUUCGCCCCCCGAAAACAAAUCUCUCCGUCGAUCAGUUCUAGUUCCUAGGCAAAGCGUAACAUGGGCUUGUCAGUUCUCAAGUCCAAAAAACGGGUUUCGUUGUGCCGUAAGAAGCUCUCGAAGGUACUGCGGAAAUAGCUGCACGAGUAGGAGUAGCCCACCCCUCGCGACACUGUAGUUGAUCUUUUAGCAGUUAAAGUUACUGCCUUAAAGGAAAAGAAGAUAGAGACGGUAGCAAUCAAGUUGUAAGUCUCAUUUGUGAAGCAAAUUUCAAUCACAGCAUUGGUGAAAAGUAAACGGAACUGGGUGUGGCGGGCGUUAGAAUUGCGUGUGACGCAUCUUCCCAUCUGAAUCAACGGUGCCGCAUGCAAUAGCGGGCUUCCCGCUUCAAGAUGAGCGCAGAUAAGAACAGCAUCGAGAUAACGAUACCGCUAAUGCAGGGCGGUACGAAUCUACACUUUCAAAAUAUCGCCUAUCAAGUGCGGCAUCAGAAGGAGGACAAACUGUUGCUGAAGAAUAUUUCCGGCACUUUCCGAACAGGGCGGCUUACUGCAGUUCUCGGUCCAUCUGGAGCUGGCAAAUCAACGCUGCUGAAUGUGCUGAGUGGCUUUAAGACGCAGGGCGUUAGCGGGAACAUCAUUGUCAACAAUGAAAUCAUUGACCGGCAGCGUUAUCGACAGCUGGUCGCGUACACCGCACAAGAUGUAACGCUACUACCCAACAUAACGCUACGUGAGAACCUUCACUACGCGGCCGAUUUGAAGCUGGCAACGAACGUACCGCUAGCGCACAAGGUCGAGAUUGUGAAUGGGGUGAUUGCCCUGCUCGGGCUGCAAAAGUGUGCCCACAAUCAGUCUCAGGUGCUGUCCGGGGGUGAAAAGAAGCGACUGUCGAUCGGGUUGGAGCUGGUGUCGAAUCCGGCAAUCAUGUUCUUCGAUGAGCCUACGAGCGGGCUGGACAGUGUGUCCUCGUUCCAGGUGAUCUCGUACAUGAAGGAUCUCGCCCGGCAGGGUCGGUGUGUGAUUAGUGUGAUCCACCAGCCAAGCUCGGAGUUGUUGGAGCUGUUCGAUGAUAUCUAUGUGGUGGUGGAUGGUCGGUGUAUGUACCAGGGUUCGCUGGACGAGCUGAUACCGACGUUUGCGGAGGCUGGAUUUCACUGUCCGCCGUACUACAAUCGGGCAGAUUUUGUGCUAAAAAUAGCGUCCCAGUACGACUCCAAAUGCGCUGAGGUGGAGAAGUUAAUGGUCAAGUCCGAAAAAUCUGUCAGCGCCUCAAUGAACUUGGGCAUUCAACGCGAGUACGAUUCGACCGAGUUCCUGGUGGAAGGACGAGGCCCCCAGUAUCCGAUUAGCUGGUGGAACCAGUUCACCACCCUAAUACGCCGUACGACACUCGGCACGGUCCGGAAUCCGCAGCUGAUGGGGCUACGCUUUUUUGGCCACAUUCUGUUCGGCUUUACGAUCGGCUUUGUGUUUCACAACGUCGGUGACGAUGCGUCCAAAGUGCUGUCCAACAUUUCCCUGCUGAUCGCUUUCCUGAUGUUUAUCACAUUCGCUAACGCGAUGACGGUUAUAUUGACCUUCCCGCUCGAGAUGGCUGUGUUUGUGCGGGAGCACAAGAGCAACUACUACUCCGUGUCGGCGUACUACUUCUCCAAGCUGGUGGCCGACUUCCCAUGGAUGCUGUCCGGGGUGACGGCCUUUCAGCUGAUCAUGUACUUUCUCAGCGGGCAGCUGUACGAGACGGAUCGUGUGCUGAUGUUCUGGGGUAUCUGCGCGCUGUUUGGGUGGCUGGCGCAGGUGUACGGGUUGAUCGCGGGGUGUUUGUUUCCGAUCGAAGUCAGCCCAUUUAUUGUGCCGGCUUCGAUCAUUCCUGCGCUGCUGUUUAGUGGGUUCUUUAUACGGUACAACGAGCUGCUGGAUUUCUUUAAGCCACUCACGCUGGUAAGCUACUUUCGGUACGGGUUUGAGGGGUUGGUGCAGGCUACGUACGGACACAACCGGACGGAGGUGGGUUGUGGUGAGAUCUUUUGCUACUAUCGCAAAACGAGUAAAAUCCUGGAAGCCCUCCACAUGGAACCGAACCGCUACUGGACGGAUGUGCUGGGGCUUAGCAUCUGGAUUGCAUUCCUGCACAUCGUGCUGUAUCUGAGCCUGCGGCUACGACUCCGAUGGAACCGUUGAGGGAUGUAGAAAGGUAGCAAAAGAAGUGGAAAAACGAUAAAAAAGCAACCUCCAUCACAAAUUACAAAGUAAAGUUCGAGUUCUCUUCAUUGGCCUUACUACUAGUGUUACGUUGCAAAUUGAUAAUCCAGCUCUCCCAAGGGUAACGCGCACACAUGGAAUGUGUGUGUUCCUUCGUAGAUGCGCUGCAACAGCGCAGCACACGGGCGGUGUAGUAUUUGCGCAAGCUGCAGGAGCGAUAUUUCAUUCUGGUUAGCGUAAGCGGCAGCUAUGAAUGAAUAAUUUUGUAGAAUAUUAACCACGUCAACGCGGGCGCAAGUCAACAACACCUAGCGCGAAACGCGCGUUUCGUAUAAUGUGACAGAAUAAUCCCCCAUCCUCCAGGUGAGUGGAGGAUGCAACUCAUGGCUAGUGGUUUAACUUGAUAAACUAACGUUAAGCAGUCUAAGAACGGUGGCAGAUCUAUUAUGAAUCAUGCAGUUUUCUUGUGAAAGUGUGUGUCUGUGUGGGGAAGAUGAAAACAGCAAAUAAAGUGUAUUUAUC